CGGCUGUUGCCUCGUCACUUAUCGUCCCAUCAUUGGCUCACUCCAUAUUUGCGCGUAGGUGCUCUGUACAAUUUUCUAAACAGUACAGGUACCUUACCUAUACCUUCCUGUAAUAAUACCAGAAUCACAAGGUAGGUGUUGACCAUUCGAUAUCCUUCCAUCGCACCACAAUGAGCCCCCACCUCCCACCCGAACUCUGGCAAAGAAUCUUCCGCUUCGCCUGUCUCUCCCGACAAUCACCUACAAACGACGACGGGAAUCAUGUAACCUCCCAGCUCCAAUGGCCCCAGCUCUGGCUCCAAGCCAGACAAGUCAACCACGCAUGGCGCGCCAACAUUGCUCAGACGUACCUCGAAGUGUUUUUACGAUGCAGCCCACAGCAGCAGCAGCCGCAGCAGCAGCAGCAAAAGCAAAAGCAAAAGCAACAGCAGCAAACUCGAAUCCGUUUCCACUGCGAAUGGGAUGAAUCCGAAUGGGAUUAUAUGUUCCACACCGCUACUGUGGAAAUGGGUUUUGAUCGUUUGGAUGCCAAUGAUGAAUCGAGAGUGGUUUUCAAAGAAGUGGACAGGAGUCCUCGUGCUGGGCUGAUACUGGGUAGUGGGCGGAGGAGGAUGCCUUGGGAAGAUGAGGGUGAGGAUGGUGAUGGAGAUGAGGACAAAGAGUCUGAUCGGGCCAAGCGUUUGGACGAGAAAAUAUAUGAGACGUGGAGUAGGAAUAUUGAUGAUUACAUCGGUGUUGCGGAGGAGGACGAGGACGAGGACGAGGAGGAGGAGGAGGAGGAGUGGCGCAGUACCACUACUGGCGACUCUGGCGUCGAUGGUGGCUACGGCGGAGAACCGAGCAUGACACCCCACGUCAUAACGAUACAUGGAGCUUCUCUCGACAGCGAGUUGCCCGGAUUGCAAUACGACGUCAGCAAGCGAGAAAUCAGCUUCGAAUGGGAACCCAUGCUCCACGCGUUCUGUAUCGAGUAUGCCGAGCUUGAGAAGCGAGAUUUAUCGCAAGAGAAAGAGAUUCUGGCAGGCGUCCACGAUAUGAUUUCUUCUUACUAUUCUUCUGCUAGAGGUAUGAGUGCAAUUAUCGAUGUGAUGGACUCUUGGUGGGCUAUGAAGAGGAAAAAUCUGCAGGAGUUGCGGCGACAUCGUAUUAGGAGACAGUGGAAGGAGAAGUUGGUAUUCGAUCCCCCAGAUUAUUUGUUUGACACAGACCAUGAGGAGAAACAGCUGGAGAGGAUUAGAGAUGCGGAUAGGGCCGGACGAGAGGACUACGAAGAUGAAAGCUCGGAUGAAGAUGAUAUGGUUGGUGCCGAUUUUGGAGAGGAAUUCCUCCCGGAUUUCGACGAUGAUUCUGACGAAGAAGACUCGGAUGAUGAAGAUGUUUGACGAUUGGUCCCCUACGCAGCUGAGGCGAGACAAGCCUAUCCUGG